AUGCCGAGCUGGACGGGGUCAAACACCACGGACAGCCUAGAGCUGCUCACCAUCCCCGUGCACUCCAUUGGCCAGGAGGUGGUGGGCCUCUUCUGCAUGAUCCUGCUCACCCUCACCGCCCUGGUGGCCAACAUCGUGGUGAUGGUCAUCAUCCUCAAAACGCCCCUUUUCAGGAAGUUCAUCUUUGUCUGCCACCUCUGUGUGGUCAAUCUCCUCUCAGCCAUUUUCCUCAUGCCCCUGGGGAUCAUCUCCAGCUCCUCCUGUUUCAACUGGGUUAUCUACAGCAUUGCUGAGUGCAAGGCCGUGAUAUUCCUGAACAUCUGCUUCAUCAGUGCCUCCAUUCUCACCAUCUGUAUCAUCAGCGUUGAGCGGUACUAUUACAUUGUCCAUCCCUUGAGGUAUGAGGUCAAGAUGACCAUCAGGCUGGCCGUGGCUGGAGUGGUUUUCAUUUGGGUCAAGUCUGUUCUCAUCACUGUCUUGGCACUAGUGGCAUGGCCUCAUGGCAAUGGGGCCACCAGUGCCAGCCGCUGCACAGUCUACUGGAGCCCUGGGGCCCACAAGAAGGUUUUUGUGAUCCUCUUCAGCAUCACCUGCUUUAUUCUGCCCACCAUCAUCAUCCUCGCUGUCUACUCCAGCAUCUACCGUGUGGCCCGGACUGCGUCCCUGCAGCAGGCACCUGUGCCAGCACAGGCAGUUGCACCCAGACACCGAUGUGACUCCAUUGCCAGCCAAGUGACCAUCCUCACUGCCAGGAUCCUGAUGCUGCCCAGGCUGAUCCCAGAUCGCCUUCUAGGAAGCAACAAGGCCAUCCUCACCUUGGUCCUCAUUGUGGGACAAUUCUUGUGCUGCUGGCUGCCUUUCUUUGCUUUCCACUUGCACUCCUCUGUCACUGUUGGCACUGUGGGUGGUGGGCAUGGGGAGAUGGUGGUCACCUGGAUUGCCUACUCCUCAUUUGCCGUUAAUCCUUUCUUCUACGGGUUGCUGAACCGCCAAAUCCGUGAGGAGCUGGCCCGGCUCCGGCGCAGCUGUCUUAACCAUCCACUUGGUCAGGAGCUCUGUCUUUCCAUAUCAGAGGCUUCUGUUCAGGAAAACUUCUUGCAGUUCCUCCAGAGAGCAACUUGCACACUGGAGACCCACACCAGCUGCAUCAGCCCCAGCCCCAGGAACAGGCUGGACCAGACCACAACGGGCUUCCCCACCCCAGGUCAAGUUCCCGAAGAGAACAGCUGAGAAGGAGGCUCUGUCCCACUGUGCUGGGCAGGAGACCUCCAGGGACCCAUCAGACCUGCCUGGACCAAAUCUCUUGGAUUUGGAGGAGUCCUUGUGCAGGUUGGAAGUGUCUCUGGCUCCACCAGCACAGCCCAGUUCCAGGGAUGGGCUCUCCUCAAGACCUGGAGU